AUGGAAAUAGAUAGGGACAUGGAAAUGUGGGAGUCCGAGCGGACCGGCACAUGGCAGGUCACGGUCGAGUCUGUCGAGGGAUUCCCACCCGAGGCUAUUUUCCGUGGAAAGUAUCAUGUUUAUGAGGACAUGUGGACUGCGAGGACAUGGUCUCAUUACCGGUGGGCAAGGAUACUGAUCGAGCAAAUGAUCUUGGAGUUUGUGGAGCGGUAUCCGAUGUCAAGUCUGGGGUAUGUCUCCGUCACACAGCAGGAGAAGUUCAUCAGCAACAUCGGCCGUCUCGCAGUGGAAAUUCUCCAAAGCUCCCCCUGUCAUUACAAAGACCCGAGGUUGAGCGAGGAACAGCAGAUCAAAGUUCAGAUCCAAGGAGGGCCGAGUGCUGGAGCGGUGGGUGUACCAGCAAUCGUGUUCCAUCUGAAGACAGCUGCCUGUGCGCCAGGGGUGUCCAAAGAGAUCUGGCAGUGGGCUCUGGAUCUCAUGGAUACCAUUUGGGGAGAUCUGGGCAUGCUGCAUGCUCGCUCCCUGGCCGAGGUCUUACGGGCGCAUCAAGAUAAACUAGAAAGGGAGGUUGCAGAGGGGCUGUUGACACACUCCAUCAUUUGA